UUGCUCCGAGAUCACAGCAGUGUAAGCCAGUGAAAGUAAAUAGUGUGUAGAUUAGUGUUACUCAGAGUUGUAGGCUAUUGUUAAUUCCAUUUCCUUUAAUACAGCAUAUUGUUUCUCAAUGGCUUUCACAAAACAUGUAAAUUACAAUGCUCUUUUAUAUUUAAAUGUAGGGAAAUGAGAAUUGUGCAUACAUAAAUAAGCUGGUCUUUCCACAUCACCUUAUAUUUGAAUGUCAGGUAGACUCCUCUGUCUGUUUGCUUAGGGAAAUAUCAGGUAGACUUCUCUGUCUGGUUGCUUAGGGAAAUCACAGCAAUCUUCCUCUUCUUCCCCUUCUUCUGUUGACGGGCUUCAACUGGCAAAAUGCAGGAGGUCGGUGAUGCCGGGUCAGUGGUCUGAUUUAGAGGUUAUGGUGUCAGCUGUAACACUACAGAGAGACUCAGCCAAGGUCAUGGAGGUCUGUGAAUUCUCAGAGAAAGAAAAUGAGUUUCGGGGUGAGCUCCUGAAUCAGCGGUGGACGCGAGGCGAGAGGAUCAGCCGCUGCCAGCCCGCACAGAGACUGCAGAGCGGACCAAUCAAAAUGAGUGUGGAGAGUGAUGACAAGCGGAGCACACGUACACGCUCCAAGGGAAUCAGAGUUCCUAUAGAGCUUGUUGGACAAGAGCUGAGCUGCCCCACCCCUGGAUGCAAUGGCUCUGGCCACAUCAGUGGGAGAUAUUCACGACACAGAAGUGUGCUGGGCUGCCCCUUGGCCAGGAAGCGACGUCUGGCAGACGCUGAGGCAGAGCAGGACCAGCCGUCCUCUAAAAGGAAGUCCCACCCUCUAAAGCUGGUCAUGGACGAGGGCUUCAGCAUGGACAGUGAUGGGAGCAGCGAAGAGGCAGAGGAGGAGGCCAAAGAGGAGGAGAAAGAGGAGGACGAGAAGGAGGAGAAGACAGAAGAGCUGACCCAGGAACAGCACGAAGAAGAAACCGAGGAGGAGCAGGAGGAAAGGCAGGAGAAGGAGACAGAGGAGGGGGAGAACACAGAUCAGGAAGAGGAGGAGAACACAGAUGCAGCUGAUGCAGAUGAAGAGGAAUGUAUGAUCAUUGAGCCGGUAUCCAGUAAAACAGCUUGCAAAGCUGAAGAGGGGGAGUGGCCUAAGAGAGAGGACUACUCCAGCUACCAUCAGAUCCUAGCCAACUCUCUACUCCACCUGGGCGGGGUCCCCGACACCACAGAGACCACCUCACACCAGCCCGUUACCAUGGAGACGGAGGAAGAUGUCACAGCUGUGAAGCACUCCGUCGUGGUAGUGGAACACUCAGAGGCGCAGGAGGAAGAGGAGGAGGGACAGGAGGAGGAAGAGGAGGAGCAGCAACCUGCAGAGAAAGAGGAGGAGGAGGAAGAGGAGGAAGAGGAGGAGGAAGAUGAGGAAGAGGAGGAGGAUGAGGAGGAGGAGGAGGAGGAGGGAAGUGUUAAAGUAAGUGAAGAACCUUCUGUUGUAGAUAGGGUGGAGGAGGAAGAGGAGGAGGAGGAGGAAGAUGAGAUUGAGGAGGCUAGAGAGACUGUGACACAGAGAACCUUUGACCACCCAUACUUCACUGGAGACAUCCACCAGCAGCAGGACAAGGCUGAGGAAGAUGAAGAGGAGGAAGAGUAUGAAGAGGAGAGAAGGGAAGCAAAGCACCAGCCACAUGAGAUACUAGAGGAAGAGGAGGAGGAGCAGGAGGAGGAUGAAGAUGACAUUGAGGAGGUGGACGUGAGAGUGCACCCUGUCUUCCUGCCCACCACCAUCACUGCAGCAGCUCAGGGACCAGUCACACAGAGGGAGAGAGAAGAGCACAGGGCCAGGACUACAGAGGAUUACAUCUCCCACAGGACCAGCCAUCUAGAGAACUACAACCCCCACAGGACCAGCCAACUGGAGAACUACAACCCCCACAGAGUCAGCCCCUUACAGCACUACACCUCCCAUAAGGCUUCAGCAGCCUCUGACAUCAUCGAGGUGCGUUCAGAGGAUUCGGGUAGGGACUACGAUGAAGAAGAUGGUGAUGAGGAGGAAGAAGAUGACAGUUUGUCUCAGAGGUGGACAGAUGAGUCAGAGAUGUAUGAUAUGACCCGGGGUAACCUGGGGCUUCUGGAGCAGGCCAUAGCCCUGAAGGCGGAACAGGUGAAGGGGCCUCGCGACCUCCUCCUCCUCCGCCACCCCGUCGUCACCCCGGAGCACCACCACCGCUACUUCACCAUGGACGACCGGCCCAAACACCUGGACACCAUGCGCAAGAGCUACUUCAGCAGUAAAGCUGUCUCUACAGAGGGCAGCAGGCCAGAGAAGAGGGAGAUCAAAUGCCCCACCCCUGGCUGUGACGGGACUGGUCAUGUUACUGGACUCUACCCCCACCACCGCAGCCUGUCUGGCUGUCCUCACAAGGACAGGAUCCCCCCUGAGAUCCUGGCCAUGCAUGAGAACGUGCUGAAGUGUCCGACUCCAGGCUGCACCGGACAGGGCCAUGUCAACAGCAACCGCAACACCCACCGCAGUUUGUCAGGAUGCCCCAUCGCAGCCACAGAGAAGCUGUCCAAGAGCCACAACCUUGACAAGCAGCAUCUCUCACAGCCAAUCAGAGAGCACCUCAAAGAAAGUCCCAACAACAAUGACAGAGUUUUAAGGCCCAUGUGUUUUGUGAAGCAGCUGGAAGUACCUCACUAUGGGCAGUACAGGCCCAAUAUGGUGCCUGCCACACCUCGUGCCAACCUGGCCAAGGAGCUGGAGAAGUACUCCAAGGUCUCCUUUGAUUAUGCAAGCUUCGACUGUCAGGUGUUUGGGAAACGCAUGCUUGCUCCAAAGAUACCGACCAGCGAAGCCUCACCCAAAGCCUUCAAAUCUAAACUCUCGUCCCCCAAGUCUUCUUCUCCCAGCCUCAGCCUGCAUGGAGGUUAUGGAAAGACUGCCUCCUCUUCUGCCUACGACUACUCCCAUGAAGCCCAGGCAGCCCACAUGGCUGCCACCGCUAUCCUAAACCUGUCCACACGCUGCUGGGAGAGGCCUGAGAACCUGAGCACCAAGCACCAGGACCUGGCUGGCAAGAGCAUGGACAUCGAGGUGGACGAGAAUGGGACUCUUGACCUGAGCAUGAAGAAGCCCGUCAAACGAGAGGGCACCAGCCCUGGGGUAUGUUCCCCGGACCCCUCCUCCUCCUCUUCCUCCCUGCACCACGGAGGCAGCAGUGGCAUGACCUCGCCCCACACAGGCCACGCUUACAAACAGGAACACUGGGAAGAGCCUCUGGACUACACCAAACCUAACCGCCAGCGGGAGGAGGAUACAGAGGAGAUGGAGCACCACACAGCGCAGUCGUUUGCCUCGUCCGACCCUGAGGACAUGGACCUGAUGCAGGACUACCCCGAGGAGAGGAAGUACCCUGGAGAGGUCACCACCCCAAACUUCAAGGUCCAGUUCCAACAGCCAAAGGAUUGCAAGAAAGAUGUGCUCCUGUGCCCCACUCCUGGCUGUGACGGCAGUGGCCACAUCACUGGAAACUAUGCAUCCCAUCGCAGUCUGUCUGGGUGUCCUCUUGCUGAUAAGAGUCUUCGGUCCCUCAUGGCGACCCACUCUGCUGAACUCAAGUGCCCCACUCCAGGAUGUGAUGGUUCAGGACAUAACACUGGAAAUUACGCCUCCCACAGAAGUUUGUCUGGGUGCCCCCGUGCCAAGAAAGGUGGAUUAAAAACAUCUCCCACCAAGGACGACAAGGAGGACUCCGAGCUCUUAAAAUGCCCCGUGCCUGGCUGUGACAGCCUGGGUCACAUCAGUGGGAAGUACGCCACGCACCGCAGUGCCUAUGGGUGCCCGCUGGCUGCCCGCAGGCAGAAGGAAGGGAUGCUCAAUGGUAACCCCUUUUCCUGGAAGGCCUUCAAGACGGAGGCCCCCACCUGCCCCACCCCCGACUGCGAUGGAUCAGGACACGCCAACGGCAGCUUUCUCACACACCGCAGUCUCUCUGGCUGUCCCAGAGCCUCCUUUGCCAAGAAGAAAGCCAAGUUCCCUGGAGAGGAGUACCUGAGCACCAAGUUCAGGGCCAGUGGCGUUCUGGAUAAUGACGAGGACAUGAAGCAACUCAACAAGGAGAUCAAUGAGCUCAACGAGACCAACAACGAGAUGGAGACAGACAUGGUGAACCUGCAGACACAGAUUUCAUCCAUGGAGAAGAACCUGAAGAACAUUGAGGAUGAGAACAAGCUGAUUGAGGAGCAGAAUGAGGCUCUCUUCGUGGAGCUAUCUGGCCUCAGCCAAGCCCUGAUCCGCAGCCUGGCCAACAUACGUCUCCCACACAUGCAGGAGCCAAUCACUGAGCAGAAUUUCAACAGCUACUUGAGCACCCUGACUGACAUGUACACCAACAAGGAGUGCUUCCAGAACCCGGAGAACAAGGCUCUGCUGGAGAGCAUCAACAAGGCUGUGAAGAGCAUCAAGGUGUGAAAACAUUGGAGAAAAAAAAAGUGAAAACAUGUAAAAGGAGAGAUGGAGUCAAGAGACCACAGUAUAUUUACCGAGAAUACAAAAUACAAAAAAAGGGCAUUCAGGUUUUAUAAACCACAACUUAAAUUAAACCCAGGGAGCAUUCUGUAAAGAAGAAAAACUUAACUAGGACCAAAAUCCAAACCUGCUGCUGCUGGGAUCGGAAGGAGGAAGUGGAAUGGAUCCAAAUCCUUCAGUUUGAAUUGAUGAACAAAAAAUCUAUAUCUGGGGAUUUGUUUGUUUGUUAUAUGUUAUCUUUGUCGUUUUCAUGUCUGUCCUGUUUUGGAGGUGUCUCAUUGACUGUCCCAAUGUAUACUGUAAUUCAAGCUUUAGUUCAGCAACAAUUUGGAGAAGAACGAAAGAAAGAAAGAUGGGAAUUAGUGGGUCUGACCUGCCUACAUGAGGUGAAGAAAACCAUUGAGGAAAUAUCAAAAAGCAAGCCGAUGAAAUGCCAACAUUGUGUUCUAGGGAAGACACUAAGGCUUCAUUCAGAAAGGUUGCUCUGGGGCAGGAUAAGGAGAGCGUGCUUGUGAGCGGUGCAGCAACCCCUAUUGAGGAGAAGCAAAUGGAGAAUCACUGAACUCUGAGGUCUUCUUGAGCAAUGGUUCAUGUACUUAUUGUUGUUACUACUGCAGCAAGAUGUCAACACGGCUCUGUCUCAAAUCAGCGGAACAACUCUUCAAAUGAAGAUUAAGUCACAAAUCACAGGGGAGUUUUUCUCUUCUGAAAAUCAACAGUACAGCCUGUACUAUAUUUUUAAUGGAACAACUGGUGUAUGAGAGCAGCAAAUACAGCCUUUUUUCUUUAAACUGAAUGAUGAUAGUAAUGGUCAAUUCCAGUUAGUCCUAUCAAUAGUUUUUAUGAACAUAGAAAUUGCACUUCAUUUCAAUGAAUAGUUUGUGGUACAAUAAUUCUUGUUAUAUAAAUUAUAAAACAUUUGUGAAUGCACAAAAUUGUAAUUUAUUGCCAUUUUAUGUUAAACUACUUGUAUUUAUUUAAUGUUAUCUAUUUAUUCACUUUAUUUUUUUGUUUUGUGAAACACAAAAUGCAACCCUGCUGGUCUAAUCAUGGCCAUAAAGAUUUAAAACAGGGAGUCUUCGACAUCAAUAUUUAAAAAUCUAUAUAGAUAACUGUUCACACUUAAUUAUUUUAUAUAUCUUAUUUUAUUUUAAAUAUUUUUUUUUUACAUUUUUAAGUGCAGAUAUUUUAUAACUGACAAAGUUUUGAUAAUUUUAUAAAACUGUUUUCAUUUCUGUUAUUUCUGUUAUGAUAAAGUAUCUUCAGAAAAUCCACGGCUUAAAAAGAAAGUAUGUAUUUAUUAUUUAUUUAAAAUUGAGGAAAUUGACUGUCGUAUGGUUGUAUAUUUAUUUAGUCAUUUAUGUGUGUGCUGUGAUGGCUGAGUCUUAGUAGUCUUAAAAUCCAUUGCUAAUAUUUAAAUAAAGAAAAUAACAUGGCCCGAAAGAAAAUAAUAGAAUAUUGUUUGAUUUGCUUUCAUAGAUAUACCAGCAGUUAUUCCUAAGCAGAAUAACCAACAAAAGCAGUCAAUGUUCUGUUGGUAUCAGAUUGUCUUUGUGUCAGCAAGGAGUUGUUUGAGUUUUGUCAGGAAAAAUAAGACCAAGAAAAUAGAAGGAUAAAAUGUUUCUUCCCUGAGCGCUUUGUAGUGGCCAACACUGGCUAACCCAAAACAUCUAUAAUGUACCAGAGAUGUUUUAAUGCCUUUUGAUCAAAUCAUUUUUCUCUGUUUAUUCUUUUCUCUAAAUGUCUUGGGCAGGAGCUCCAUAGAGCUCUGUUCCAGUGUGUUCUAGAGCUCUGUUAAAGUGUGUUCUAGAGCUCUGUUCCAGUGUAUUCUAGAGUUCUGUUCAAGUGUGUUCUAGAGCUCUGUUCCAGUGUGUUCUAGAGCUCUGUUCCAGUGUGUUCUAGAGCUCUGUUCCAGUGUGUUCUAGACUAGAUGUCUGGGUCUAAAACACUUUAAGGAAAAACUAAACCAUCAAGGAGAAUGACAACUAAUAUCAGAUCCACUACGCCCAUGUAGCCUUAUUUUAGAUUUCAUUUGUUGAUGCACAAAGUGCCACAAACCCCUCACUUUCUUUCCUGAUUCUUUGCAUUCUGCAAUGUACAAUGUCUAGUCACGUGACAUGACCAGGGCGUCAGACCGAGAGUUGGGAUUGUUUCAGAUGCCUUUGUUUCUUUGCCAAGAUGGCCAUAAGUACACUGUAUAUACAUUCUGUAUAAAUAGAAAUUUAAAAGCUAUAUGAAUAGAAACAUGCAUAUAUUUUUCCAGUGUAAUUGUUGCCUCUUUUCCUCUUCUGUUAGCUUAUCAGAGGAACUACAACUGUCUGAAAGUUGUGACGAAUAGAGGCGGAUAUGACUGUGGCUUUUUAGGUUUCCUUUUCUAUGGAUUUCUCUCUGAUCCAGACAUGGUGAAAAUGCUAACGCAUGUUGUAGUGAAUCUGAAAUGCUGACGCAUGUUGUAGUGAAUCUGAAAUGCUAAUGUAUGAUGUAGUGAAUCUGAAAUGUCUGUAAUCUUAACUAAAUGGUUGGCUCUU